CUCACUCUUCUUCCUCGUCGUCAUCUGAAGGAUCCCUCCCCUCAGACCCUUCCUCUUCGACACCUCCCCGAUUCCCUCCCUGCCUUCGUGCCACAUCCUUUUCUUCUAAGCUUCUUCAACACGCCUCUCUUCUUCUUGGACAAGAACCGUAUCCGAUAAGCCUGAUGGAAGUACAUUAGUAAAAGAAAGAGAGGGAGAGUGCGAAAUAGAGGGAGAGACCGAGAGAGACGGAGACCGAAGCAGAGGAAGCUUUCGGGGAGGUGCUUGAUUACGUGCAAGUCGGUUUUCGAACCAAGUUAAUGCUCAUUGGUGAAUGUGCCUCGUAAAAGUUCUGAAAUUAAGCUUUGAUCAAAUUGCCUGCAUAUUCUUGCUAUCAAGGGUGAUGCUUGACUCUUGCCUGUAGAGUUCACUCUCAUAGUUUGUACUUGGUGAGGUUGAGAAUGGAAGAACCACAACUGGUUUCUAGAGGAGCAGAAGCACUCCUUCAUCUCUCUCCUGGAUCUUCAAUUUCUGUUGCUUAUCAUCCUCAUUUUGGUUCUCAUGAUGAUCUCAUCUUCCUAGAGCUUGAUGAGAAACUUCUCCCAGAAGUUCUACAUGAAAGGGUGGUUCUAAGAGGACAGCCAAAUGAAGAUGCUGUUCUUUGCACUUCGUCCAAAACUUAUUCUAUCAAGUUUGUUGGAACUUCCAAUUCUGUAUUCCUUGUACCACCAAAUCAAUUAGAAUACCAUCAACCUCCACAAGAGAGUGAUAGUCAUAAUCACCAUGACCAAAAAUCUGUUGCAUCUGUGAUCAAAGUUGUAUCUGGUAGCAUGGAGCUUGUUGAGGUUGCUCCUAGACUUGAUAAACUCAAGUCGCUUCUUUCAGAGAACCCUUACAGGUGUGACGAGUUAGAAGUAGAAAACUUAGAAGGCAACCACGAAUCUAGAAUAGGAUUAUACAAUUGGAAUGACCUUGUUAACAAUAUUCAAGCUAGUGAUGAUGAAAUAAGGUCUGGACUUCGGGCACUUUCUGCUGUUGAGAUUAAUGGGCAUUGGAGAUUAGUGGAUGAGAGUUACAUGUGCACCAUUCUAAGAAUGCUUUUGCACAAUUCAGUGUUGAAUGACUGGUCGCUUAAUGCUCUUAAUGAAGAUGAAGUUGUGAAUAUUCUGGAAUCAGAUGGAUUUCCAAGGGUACUUGCAAAACACUGUUUGCAUGCAUUUGGAGAGAAAGUAACUGAUAAUCUUGGUAGCUGUAUCUGGAAAUUGGAUGACCAGCGAGUGUGUGUGCAGUUUGCGAGGGAAAUUCUGAGAGGAGGAAAGAAAAAGUUGGAGAGCUUCAUGGAUGAAUGGAGGCAGAAAAUUCCAGAGGGCAUGCAACCCGCCUUAGAUCUUUUGGAAGGAGAGGUUUUGACUGAAAGGGUUGGUGUUGAGACCUGGAUUCAUGCCUUUAGUGUUUCAUCUUUGCCCUCCGCUCCAGCGGAACGUUUCUUCUCCCUUUUCAGAGAACGGAAAAAGUGGGAUUGGAAAGAUCUGCAGCCUUAUAUCAGGGAUUUAAACGUACCGGGUCUUACUUCAGAAGCUUUGCUUCUCAAAUACACUCGAAGAACACAAUCAACUCCCGAUGCAGAACCAGUUUUCAGUGCAAGAUAAUAGUCGCUUGUGCAAUGAAUUGAAUUCCCAGCUAUUUCAAUUCUCUUCGUGCCCAUUUGAUCAAAUUAAAAUCGAUAUAUGACAGCACAGCAGAGAGAAGUGGGGAUUGGGGGGGGGGGGGAGGGCUUUGUUGCUCAUCAUAGGUCAAUUCCUCUUCAAAUCUGGCAUUACUAAAAUAUUAUGAACAAAAUUGUAAAAUUGACUGUUUUUGUAUUUGGUUAGAAGUUUAUGCUUAAUAUAGUCAUGUGAGACCGGGGGUUCGUUGUUUUCUUUUCUUUUCUUUUUGUAUUUUUAUUCCGCUAGUCUCAACUGUUAAUGGUGGGUGAUCUGUUCAUGUUA